UUUAUAUACACGUUUGGUGGUGUUGUUGAUCCCUUCUUCCAGCACGAAUCUUGGCGGGGGAUUGCGUGCUCGCUACUCCACUUCGCGAUGACAUCGCAAUCCGGCCGCAUGCAUUUGCGCGCUGGGACAUAUAUGGCGUUGGAACGACUACAGUUGGGAAGAGGACCCCAGGAAUAAGCUGAUGAAGCGUUGGUAAACAUGCCUUCUGUCGUACUUCCCGAACCCGUGCCGCUUCCUAAGUGGAAGAGGCCAAGUAAAACCAACGAAACGCUCGACUGGGCAGAGAUCGAAGUUAUUGACCUCUCUCGAUUUGAUGAGCCGGAUCAGAAGCAAAGACUGGCCGAGCAACUAAGAGAUGCGGUGCACAAGACAGGCUUCUUCAGCGUCACCGGUACGGGUUUUACUCAAGCUGAAGUAGAGCGCCAGUACGACAUCGGGCAAGCGUACUUCAACCUCCCUCUUGACAUGAAAGGAGAUCCGAAAUACCGAUGCGACUUCGCGCAGGGAAACUACUUCGGGUAUCGUGCUGCCAACGAGAAAAAAACCAUGGGCACUGACGUACUCGACAACGUGGAGUCUGUCAACAUCCCGAAGUUCAUUCCCCAAAACGAGCAUGAACCAUUCCACCCCUUUCUCCAACGAUACCGCGCCGAGAUCGAAGCCUUCUCCCGACGGUCCGUAGAUCUAGCUUCCAAGAUCUUCACACUCUUCUCCAUCCUCCUCGAAUUACCCGAAGACUACUUCUCUAAGCAACACGCGUACGAAGACCAAAGCGAAGACCACCUACGCUACAUGAUCUACCGCCCACGGAGCGAAGCCGAAGACGCGAAAGUGCAAAACACAUGGUCACGAGCGCACACUGACUUCGGUUCUCUCACACUCCUCUGGAGCCAGAACGUAGCCGGUCUCCAGCUCAAAACACCCUCCGGAGAGUGGAAAUACGUACCGCCUGUCGACAACGGCAUCAUCUGCAAUGUGGGCGAUACCCUGGACUUCUGGUCUGCGGGAUACUUGAAGUCGACCACGCACCGCGUUGUGCGGCCGCCGAAAGACCAGGCCCACAUACACCGCCUAGGGCUGUUUUACUUUGUCAGGCCCCGGAAUGAUGUCGAUAUUAAGCCUGUGCCGUCGCCACUGUUGAGGCGCUUGGGGUUGAUAAGUGGGGAUUCCGAGAAUGCGCGGCCGGUAAGGGGGCUGGAGUAUGUGAGGGAGAGGGUGAAGAGUUAUCAUGAUCAUGGCGAUUAUGCCGAUAUGAAGGGGAAGAGGUUCAGGGUUGGGAACUUGGAGAUUGAGGACGAAGCAGCUUAAAGGGUAUUCAAAGUGAAAGAGAUGGAGUGUUGGGAGGACUAACUACUAUAUCCAGAUCCGACCUAGGAACUUCAACGGCCUACAGAUUUCGAACUUGACGCUUUUACGAUGUCUUCGCUUUCUCAUUUCGCGCCCCAUUACGCCCUUUGUUCUCC